AUGGAUGACGCAUUUUGGGCAGGCGAAAAGGAGAAUGACAUCUUCGAGGGUCUUAUCUCCCUUGCUGAACUGUCAACUGUAGGGUUGGUACAGCCAUUUUUUCCGUGCCGUCCUCUACUGCCCAGAGCGCGGGAAGCGCUGGCGCCCGCUCUGAUCUUCUGGCUCAUCGGGUUCAUCCAAUCGUUCUGCGGGUUCUGCAUUUGGCUCGAACUAGGAAGUGUAUUGCCUCGCAGUGGUGGAGAGAAGGCGUGUCUAGAGGCGGCGUAUCUGCGUCCUCCCUUGCUGGCGACCACCAUAUUCGCCGUACAUGUUGUGGUCCCAGGGUUCACAGGAAUUGGUAGCAUCAUGGCCGCUGAGAAUAUUCUCCUGGCUGUUCAUGGAACUGCGAAUGACUGGAUCAAGCGCAGUAUCGUUGUUGCUCUUGUGGUGGGCGUAGCAUCGCUACACAUUUUCGGAAAGAAUCUCAGCAUCAGGAUCAUGGUCGAUGUACCCCAUCCCGGCGGCAGCUUUGCGCACCCUUUUGCUGGGUCUUCCACCACCUAUGUUAUGGACGAGAUUAAAGAUCCCAAGAGAACGCUCAAGUGGGCGGGGAUCCUUGAAGCCGGCUCGGUCGGCCUUCUCUACCUCUUAGUGAAUGUGGCCUAUUUCACGGUCGCCACACCACAAGAGCUCAGUGAAACGGGUGUCACUGUAGUUGCACUCCUCGUUGGGAGGGCCUUUGGACCAAGGAUGCAAUGGCUUGCUGCUUUUUUGGCAGCUCUAUCGUCUCUGGGCAACCUGAUGACUGCGUCUUUCCCCAUUUUACGGGUGAUUCAAGGGCUGACGACGGAAGGUGUCGUUCCCUUCCCUUCCUUCUUUGCCAGUCGAACAUCCAGUGGCCGUCCUGCUGCUAGUACCUUCUUGCUUGUGUUUCUACCUUCUGUUCUAAUGGUAACUCUUAUGCCCCUUUGUUAUGUGUCCACCCAUCGUCACGAUGACCUGUCCCAUCUUCUAAUCCGAGCAACAGAAGACACAUACAAUUCCUUACUUGACGUUGGACAAUACGCCAUGGCCAUAAUUCUCUUUUUCGUCGUUGCUGGUUUUUUCAUCAUUAGAAAUCGGGUAGCCUAUCCCCCACGAACCUUCAAGGUUUGGUCCAGUGUCGCCCAUAUCUAUCUCGCCGUGCAGUCCUUCCUGGUCAUUCUUCCCCUGGCUGGCUCUGGCAAAAGCGACACCCACCUACCUUCUUGGCUGACGCCCGUGGGUGGACUCCUGACUGUCGGCUUCAGCUGUGUCUACUGGAGCUAUUUGUGGUAUAUCCUGCCGAAGAUUGGGAACAUUAUCUGGCAAAAGAGAAUAUCGACGUGUUCGGAUGGCGCUGCCGCGGUUGUCUGCGAACGUCGGUAUCUAUCAUGA